AUGGUUGGAGACGUCCCCAUCGCAGGUGCCACCACCGUGGGAAAUGUCACUGUGGCAGAUGCCACCACUGCUGGAGAUGUCACUGUGGGAGAUGCCACCGUGGGAGACGCCACUGCUGUUGGAGAUGUCACCGUUGCAGGUGCCACCACCGUGGGAAAUGUCACUGUGGAAGGUGCCACCAUGGGAGAUGCCACCAUGGCUGAUGAUGUCAUGGGAUGUGCCACCUCUGCUGGAGAUGUCACCGUUGGAGACUUCCAUAUGGCAGAUGCCACCACUGUUGGAGAUGUCACUCUUGCAGAUGCCACCACCGUGGGAAAUGUCACUGUAGGAAAUGUCCCCAUGGCAGAUGCCACCACUGUUGGAGACGUCACCAUUGCAGGUGCCACCACCGUGGCAGAUGAUGCCAUGGGAGAUGCCACCACCGUGGGAAAUGUCACUGUGGGAGGUGCCACCAUGGGAGAUGCCACCAUGGCUGAUGAUGUCAUGGGAGAUGCCACCACUGCUGGAGAUGUCACCGUUGGAGAUGUCCCCAUGGCAGAUGCCACCACUGUUGGAGAUGUCACUGUUGCAGGUGCCACCACCGUGGCAGACAAUGUCAUGGGAGAUGCCACCACCGUGGGAAAUGUCACUGUGGGAGGUGCCACCAUGGGAGAUGAUGUCAUGGGAGGUGCCACCGUGGGAGACACUACCACCGUUGCAGAUGUCACCAUUGCAGGUGCCACCACAGAGGGAGACGAAGCCAUGGGAGAUGCCACCACCGUGGGAAAUGUCACUGUGGGAGGUGCCACCUCUGCUGGAGAUGUCACUGUAGGAGAUGUCCCCAUGGCAGAUGCCACCACUGUUGCAGACGUCACCAUCGCAGGUGCCACCACCAUAGCAGCCAAAGCCAUGGGAGAUGCCACCACCGUGGGAAAUGUCACUGUGGCAGAUGCCACCAUCGCAGGUGCCACCACCGUGGGCAAUGUCCCCGCAGAAGGUCCCGGUGUCCCCGGGGGUGGUCCCAGUGCCACUGUGGGAGGUCCCGGUGUCCCCUCGGUCCCCCGGUGUCCCCGGUGUCCCCUCGGUCCCCGGUGUCCCCGGUGCGGCCGGCCCCUCCCCCGCGUGGCCGCAUGGCCGGGCGGGGCCCUCGCUCAGGCCAGGCCGUGGCCGGAGGCGUCCAGCGGCGUCAGCAUGGCCAGCGAGCGGUCACUGCGGGGACACGGGGCCAGAGGCUGCUUCGGCAACCUGCUCAUCCCCGGCUUCGAGCAGCCCUGGGAGGACGCCCUGGCGCCGUACCCGCCGUCCUUCGCGCGGCCCCUCGAGGUGGCCAUCGGGGCCAGCGACGGCGCCAGCGACUACGGCAACAAGUUCGGGGAGCCCCUGCUGGCAGGCUUCGCGCGCUCCUUCGGGCAGGUGCUGCCCGGGGGGCAGCGGCGGGAGUGGAUCAAGCCCGUGAUGUUCAGCGGCGGCAUCGGAGCCCUGGAGGACGAGCACGUCCGCAAGGAGCCCCCCGAGCCAGGGAUGCUGGUGGUGAAGCUGGGCGGGCCCGUGUACCGCAUCGGCGUGGGGGGAGGGGCCGCCUCCUCCGUCCAGGUGCAGGGUGACAACGAGGCCGAGCGGGAUUUGGGGGCCGUGCAGCGCGGGGACCCCGAGAUGGAGCAGAAGCUGAACCGGGUCCUGCGGGGCUGCGUCGAGAGCGGCGCCGCCAACCCCGUCAGCUCCAUCCACGACCAGGGGGCUGGAGGGAAUGGCAAUGUCCUGAAGGAGAUCUCGGAGCCGGCUGGAGCCGUCAUCUACGCCAGCCGCUUCCAGCUGGGGGACCCCACCCUGAGCAUCCUGGAGCUGUGGGGGGCCGAGUACCAGGAGUCCAACGCGCUGCUGGUGCGGCCGGCGGCGCUGGCGCGGCUGCGGAGCCUGGCGGAGCGCGAGAGGUGUCCCCUGAGCGUGGUGGGGACGGUCACAGGAGAUGGCAAGAUCGUGCUGGUCGAUGACCUGGCCUCGCCGGUGCCGAGGGGGGGGUCCACGCGGGGCUCCCCACCCCCGUCAACCUGGAGCUGGAGUGGGUGCUGGGCAAGAUGCCCCAGAAGGAGUUCCACCUGUCGCGGCCGGGCGCUGCCGCGGCGCCCCCUGAGCCUGCCCCCGGGGCUGGGGCUAGCGCGCGGCGCUCGAGAGAGGGUGCUGAGGCUGCAGGCCGUGGCCAGCAAGAGGUACUCACAACAAGCCCCGGCCGUGGCCAGCAAGAGGUACCUCACCAACAAAGCCCCGGCCGUGGCCAGCAAGAGGUACUCUUACAAGCCCAACCCGACCCCGGCCGUGGCCAGCAAGAGGUACCUCACCAACAAGGUGGACCGCUCGGUGACGGGGCUGGUGGCCCAGCAGCAGUGCGUGGGUCCCCUGCACACGCCGCUGGCCGACGUGGCCGUGGUGGCCCUGUCCCCGUUCGGGGACACCGGCGCGGCCACGGCCAUCGGCGAGCAGCCGCUCAAGGGGCUGCUGGACCCCGCGGCCGGCGCGCGGCUGGCGCUGGCCGAGGCCCUCACCAACCUGGUGUUCGCCAGGGUGACACACCUCAAGGACGUGAAGUGCUCGGGCAAUUGGAUGUGGGGCUCCAAGCUGGGCUCCGAGGGCGGGGCGCUGGUGACCGCGUGUGGACGCGCUGGUGGUGGCCCUGCGCCACCUGGGCGUGGCCAUCGACGGCGGCAAAGGACUCGCUCAGCAUGGCGGCCCGCGUGGGGACGGACACCGUGAUGGCACCUGGCGCCCUGGUGAUCUCGGCGUACGCCGUGUGCCCCGACGUCACCCGCCACCGUCACCCCCCGACCCUCAAGUGUCCCGACGACGGAGG